AUGAGCAGCGUCAAGUACACCUACGUGGACGGGUGCAACAACGAGUACACCCUGGGAGUGGACCCGCGUACGGGGGAGGCCGAGUUUGACUACCGCCCCAUCACACGAAUGGAGAGCUCGAGCGGAGACUACAGCGGCGGCAACCCCGCGCACGGGAGGCUGGCCAAGCCGCUCGUAGACCAGUUCGCGCAGAGGUUCGAGCAGCUGCUGGCCGCUACGGCCAACCACACGACCGAGAGGACCAUGGGCUCGGCCAUCUUCCGCCUCAAGAAGUCGGGGGUCACCACCGCGAGCUUCCUGCUGCCCUUUCGCGACGCCCAGCUGGAGCAGUGGAAUGCGUUAGUGGACUCGCUCAAGGUGGCGGAGGGCGUGCACCAGAGCCCAGGGGAGGACGAAGAAGAGAUGGGCAUGGACUAG